AUGGAAUUGACACACCGCGCCCCACCCAUGCCCCGUUUUCCAUUCCUCUUGCGAUGUCAGUACGUGUACAAGCCAUGCGGCAAUAUGCGCACCCUCAAGAAAGACGGCAACGCGCACAAACUGUGCGCGUUCCACCGCAGCCGCGCCAACAUUGUGCAAAAGAAUUACGCGCUCAAGCGGCGCCAGCGAUUGAGGGAGCAAGCUGAAAAUGCCGACGAGGCAGGGUCGGGCCCAUCGACACCGCCCAAGCCUCGACGCACGCGACGGCAGCCCACCCAACCGAUUCCGUUUCGAAGCGUGGACCAAGAGGCCACCGUCAUCCCCACCGAUGUUUUGGUGCUGACAAUGCUUCUCCUUGACGACGGAAUCGACCCGUUGUCGUCGACGUCGGGCAGCGACAUUUCGUCGGAGGACGCAUCUGUGUUACAGGAAUUGCUUCUAUGACGCGCCAAGUAUGGCGACGCCGGUGUUAAGUUUAGAUAGUUGUUGUCUCAGUGGGCGGCUUUUAAUAUAAAUGUCCUUGAAUGGUA